AUAACAAAAAUCAAAAAUGGCUUCUGAAGUUUUUGUUUUAGAAUGUUUGUAGUAUAUGUUUAUUAUUAUUAUCUUGCCUUUAUUAAUUGAAAUAGUAAAAAAUUGCGGAUUUAUUUGUACGUGAAAGCUUUCAUUAAGACUUACUUUGAACUGUUAUGGUGUUAUUAUACAUCUCGAAGUAUUUACUCGAGUUUGCGCGUACGCUUUACCCCAGUAAUCAGUGACCCGACAGUUCCAUUUUCACGCUCAUUCAAUUAACGUUCGAUGAACAGUGUGAUCGAAGUGAAAGUAUGCAGCAUAGAUUGGCGUUAUACGGUCGUUGAUGCAAAAUCUAAUGGCAUUAGAUGCUAAUGGUUGGCUUCGUGAUGAACAUAAACAGAAUAGAAGUGAUCAAAAUGCAAUUUUCAUAACCAGAGAGCAACCGUUGCCAUUAACGAACUUAUUGGGAACGUCCGCGAAGUCUAUUCUAAUUCAGACGCAGACUCAUCAUAGGACUGAAGAAAGUCAACGAAUCAGUGCCAGAAUGUUCGAUCCGAAUUUACAGCAGUCUUCGCAACAGUCGCAAAACCAGACGGUUUACGCGGCCCAUGUCGAGAAAAAAGAAUGCGACAAUAAAAACACAGCGGUCGAAUUCCCAUUCUGUUACAAUAUGAACGUGCUGAACAAAGCUCACCAGCAAGAGCAGCAGCAGACGUCGAAUACGAGCAGUUCGAACGUGAACACAGAUGACAAAUCGUGUUACAGGUUCGACGCUCCGCAACCAUUCACGUACAAUUACGCGUUAGUCAAUCACUUGGCGGCGGCUGCUGUAAGCAAAUGUGACAUUUGCGGCCAAAGUUUCGGUAAUCCGACGCUGCUACAGCAACACAAACGAAUACAUCACUUGACGCCGAACAACGAACGAAGUUAUUCGUGCGACCCUUGCGGUAUUUUCUUCAACAACGCUUCCGAACUGAAAUCGCAUAAGAUUUCGACGCAUAAGACGACCAAAUGUUGUAAUAUAUGCGGCGCCGAGCGAGGCUGCGAGCACAGCAAAACGCCUACGAAGAAAUCCAAGUAUCUGCGUUGCGAGAACAACGUCAACUCGAAUACCGUAGCUAACAACUUUGUUACUGGCCAAGCCACAAUCAAUCAAGCGCCAAUCGGCGUGCAGAACGGUCAAAUCACUAAAGAACUGCAUCAUCCGGUGAAAAAACGAGGUAUGGCGACGGUUGCCAGAUGCCAUCAGUGUAACGGCGCCGGUGUCAUAUUCAUCGGCGUAACGAAACACGCCGAUAAGCCUUUCCAGUGUAAUAUAUGCGAAGGCAGGUUUUCACGGUACUCGUCGCUGUGGAGUCACAAACGACUACACACCGGUGACAAGCCGUUCAAAUGCGACGCUUGCGGUUUGACGUUCGCCAAGGCGGCGUAUCUGAAGAACCAUCUGCGAGUACAUACCGGCGAGAAGCCGUUCAAAUGCGACGUAUGCGGUAUGCAGUUCUCGCAAUCUCCGCAUUUGAAAAAUCACGAACGUAUUCACAGCGGCGAAAGACCCUAUCAGUGCGAAGUAUGCGAGAAAACGUUCGCUCGUCAUUCGACAUUGUGGAAUCACAGACGUAUCCACACGGGCGAAAAACCCUACCGGUGCGAUAUCUGCGGCUCGGCUUUCAACCAAGCCACUCAUCUUAAAAAUCACGGUAAAGUGCACACAGGAGAGAAACCGUUCCGCUGUGAUAUUUGCGAACAAAGCUUUUCCGAUCGUUUCGCCCUGAAAAGGCAUCGUCACGUUCAUGAAAAAUAUGCCCGAACAGUUCCUAAUCCGCAACAACCGCCGACGCAGCCAUCACAGCAACAGCCGCCUCCGCCACCGCCGCCACCUUCCGUCCAGCAGCAGGCAGCUCAACCUCAACCUACUCAACCCCAGCAACAAGCUCAAACUCAGACUGCAUCCAUAGAAGAAGUUUACAAAUACGAUGUAAGCGGCCCGAUCGCAUUUCCUGGAUGCUCGAGGCCACAGGAUCAGAAAUAACUUCGAUACUGAUGGCGGGUGCCCAAUUUUAGAGCUUAGGUUUGCUUAAUUAAGUGUAUUCUUCUUCGAACGGAAUCGUUUGCGGAAGUUUUUCUUUUUUACUGGUGCAGCUAUUUACGACUUACUAGUAGCUGAUAAUAAUUUCAUUCUAUACUUCUGUGUCGUAGUAUUUGUGACGAAGAUGCCACGCAGUGUUUCGGAUUAAGGAUACGAGGUUCAGAAAGUUAAAUUUCACGCUUGGGUGGUAUGUAGUGAAAAUUUUGACCAACGUCGAAUAGUGUAUAAUUUUUUUAACUUUUCCCAAAUGAAUGCUGGGAAACAUUUGAAACUCGCAAUUUCAAUUCAAUGGUUUCGUAUUUUCUUUUCGGAUUCUGAGAAUCUUCUGCUAUUGUAUGAAACUCUGAAUUUAUUCAACGGGUAUGUUCAAAGAACAACCACAGUCUAAAAUUUAUUGAAAAAAAUAUUUUUUCAAUUUUUUAAAGUGAAUUUUACAAGAAUAAAAAAAAACUUGAAAUGAAUAAUUUUCUUCAUUUUUAAAAAUUUUAUUCUAUUUUAUUUUUUUUGCAAUUAAUUAUUAUAAAUUUUGAGGCUAUUGUUCUGAGAACAGUCAUAGUCCAGAUUUUUAAAGACGAACGUGCAAUAUUUUAUACAUUUUUUUUUACAUUAUGUGCAAGUUUUAAAAACGAACAGCAAUAAAAGCCCUAGGCUACUUUUUGCCUAAAUUGCGCAAGAAACGCUGCUUUUGCCAAAAUUGUCAAAUUUAUUCUGUGUUUUGUCAACAAAACUUGUUAAAAAGUCUCAUUUUUGAGCGAAUGUGUCAAAAUUGACAAAAAAUUAUGUUUUCUAGUCAAAAUUGUCCUAAAACUUAGUUUUUGGGCAAAAUUGUCAAAAAAGUCCUCAUUUUUUGUAAAGGUUUCUAGAUUGACAAAAAAGUGGUCAAAACUGUUGAAAUUUUCCAAAAAAGAUUUCUCUGGUCAUAUAAUUGUCCCAAAACCUAUUUUGGUCAGAAUUGUCAAAAAGUCCUCAAAUUUUUGAAAUUUUUCGUGAAAUUUUCAAAGUCACAUUUUUUUACUAAGAUUGAGAAGAAAGUUGUCAAAAUUUUCAAAACUUCUCAAAAAAUUAAUUUCUCUGGUCAAAAUUGUCACAAAAUCACAUUUUUGAUCAAAAUUGACAAAAAGUUUUCAUUUUUUCAAAAAUUUCUGAAGUCACAUUUUUUGACGAAAUUUGCAACAAAGUUGUCAAAAUUUCCCAUAACCUAAUUUUUGGUAAAAAUCGUCAAAAAUUCUUCAUUUUUUCUAAAAUUUUUAGUCACAUUAGCAAGAUUUAAAAGAAAGUUAUCAAAAUUUUCAAAAUUUUCCCAAUAAUUCAUUUCUCUGGUAAAAAUUGUCAAAAAGUCCUCGUUUUUUCAUAAAAUUAUCAAGUCACAUUAUUUACCAGCAAGAUUUACUAGAAAGUUGUCAAAAUUGUUCCAAGUCUCAUUCUUGAGCAAAUGUGGUGAAAUCAAACGAAAAAAAAAAUUUUUUCUGGUCAAAACUGUCCUUAAAUCUCAUUUUUGGGAAACAUUGUCAAUGAGAUCGAAUUUUUUCCUAAAAAUAUUCUCUAUCUAUCUAAAUUGAUAAAAAAGUUGUCAAAAUUUUUCAGAGUUUCCAAAAAUUCUUUUCUCUGUUCAAAAUUGUCAAAAAGUCCUCAUUUGACUAUAAAGUUGUUAAAAUGGUCAAAAUUUCCCACAAAUUCUUUUCUCUGACCGAAAUGAUCCAAAAACCUCAUUUUUGUGCAAAAUCGUCAAAAAGCCGUUAUUUUUUUUGUAAAAUUUUCAAAGUCAAACUUUUUGCUAGGAUUGACAAGAAAGUUGAGAAAAUUGUUCCGAAGUCUUAUUUUUAAGCAAGUUUGUCAAAAUUAACUAAACGAUUCUUUUUUCUGGUCAAGUUGUCCUAAAAUUGUCAUAAUGGUUCAUUUUUUCUGAAAUUUUCAAAGUCACAGAGUCCUGUUUUUUCAUGCUAUUAAAAAAAGGUCCUGCUUCAGCCAAAAUUGGCAGUUUUGAUUUUUUCAUUUCCUUCGAUCAAAUUUCGAAUUUUUCACUUAUCAAUUCUCUUCUUUCAGAAUUUUGAAUCUUUUUUUGAUUUUUUUUUUAGGAGUGGAAACAUUUUGAGCAGAAAAAAUUAAAACCGGCUCUCCUUUUCCCGAAAUUGAAAGCUUUUUUUUCAUCUUGAAAAUCGGCUUCUUGGUCAAAGAUUUUCUAUUCUGGAAAUUUUUCAGUAUUUAUCAGAUCUAAAAUCUGCAUACUUUAACAACCUCUUGCUAUUCAGUGCGCUGCGCAUUUUCCUAAUCCGAACAUUAUUAUUUAUUAAUCUUAUCGUUAGCCCGGAGCUACGACAAAUUAUAAUCGGAAGUAUGAAAGAUAUUGCUUUGUACAUACUUGUACAUUGUACAUUAUGUAUUGUUUUGUACAUUUUGUUACUUUCCAAUUACGACUGUUAUUUCAUUUCUUGUACUUGUAUUAUCAUCAUUUAUUGUUCAUCAUUGUCAUUGAGCAUCAUUCACCAUUACGGCUAUUAUAUUGCUAUUACUAUUUAUUUAUUAAUUUUUCAGCCCCCCUCUCCCUUUAAACCAUGUAUGUAUUUUUUUCAUUCUCUUUUAUUGUUUUUUUUCUUCUUUUUUUUUGUUUUAAUUAUUUUUUUGACGAAAUUUUUAAUGUUUAUGUGUAUAAAGUGUAUAAUUUGUAUUUAUUUUCGAACGUAUUAUGUACAUGAGACUUUUCAAUUGCAAUACUUUUUUGUUUCAAACGUUAAAUUACGUACAUUUGUAGCGCUACUGCCGAAUCGGAUGUAUAUUUUAUACAUUUAUAUUCAUAAAAUGCCAUUUGUGUGGCGUAAAUUUUAGAAAAUACAAAUUAAAUUUUCAAAUAAUCUGAA